CCGCACAGCUUCAAAACGAUGUGGAGCUCAGUAGGGUUGAGUGUGAUUAACGUUGUGUGGUCUUCUCUGGCUUUGUGCUUCCUCGUUGCUUUUUGUGCUCACAAAGUGUCGCGACUGUUGCCGGGAAUAUUUGACACGUGUCCCGCUUACGUUUUAUUUCAGGACCUUAUUCGUUACGGAAAAACUAAACAGAGCUUAAAGCGAGACGAAUGGCUGCGGGUUUUUGACGUCCCAAAAAGGUGGUUCUGGCACUUCUAUGCAGUCUCUGUUGGCUGGAAUGGUCUUCUUCUGGUCUUGUACCUCAGCUUUAUAUUUCAGCAUCAGUCAUACCCUUUGUGGUUGAGCGACUUUUUAGACAUUUUGACUGGCGCACACAGCAGUGACAGUCAAGUCCCACAGCUUUCCACCGUCCUGGUGCAGCUGCUGCUGUGGGUCCACUCCCUCAGGAGGCUGCUGGAGUGCCUGUUUGUCAGCGUUUUCUCUGAUGGGGCGAUGCACUUGGUACAAUAUAUGUUCGGCCUGGGGUAUUACAUCAUGUUAGGGUUGACGAUCCUCUGCUGUGAUCGUAUGGAAAAAGAGAGAAGCUCCCUCCUCUCUCAGCUGGACUGGCUGCUUGUUGCUGGGUUUUUACUCUUCAUUUGGGCCUCGUGGCUGCAGCAUCAGUCUAUGGUCCUGCUGGCCAGACUUCGCACUGGAAAGUCAGGAACAGUGGAAACGCUGACUCACAGAGUGCCAAAGGGAGGUUGGUUUGAGCUGGUUUCUUGUCCCCAUUACUUUGCUGAGCUGCUGAUCUACAUCUCGUUGAGCUUUGUUUUCAGAGGCCUCUCUUUCACCUGGUGGCUUGUGGUACUGUAUGUGCUCUUCAACCAAGCACUGGCAGGACAGCUUUGUCAUGACCUUUACAUUAGCAAAUACAAGUCAUACCCAAGGCAUAGAAGAGCAUUUAUACCCUUUGUGCUAUGAAUACUCAGACACUGUAUUGGUCUUUUUGUGGUGAUAAAUGGGAACUGUAAAGAAAACUGCCAGAGAUGUAGGAGGAGCAGAAACCUUAGGAGCAAAAGCCAUCUUUUUCUAAACGUUCUUUCAAACCUCCAAAUUUAACUAAUCGGCUUGACAGCUAAGAGGCCAACACUGUGUUUGAUUUCUGGCAGAAGACUCUAGAGGUGAGAACUUUCUCCGACUGAUGUGAAGACACUGUGAGGAACAUUGCUGGAAUUCAUUUGUUCAUUACAUUAAGAACUUGUUUUUCUUACGAUUAAGUACUUAAAAAUCUUUUUCUUCCUUUUACAGUAUGCCAACCUCUCGAGUUAUAACUGGUAUUGUAAUCUCUAAAUGUUUAUGUGAAAAAGAAACCUGCAAAACACUGUGGUGUUGAAUAUUUUUCUUUUAUAGCAAAACAGAAUGUAUUGUAUUAAUACCGGAACGACAAGGAGUUUUACUUUAAAACGAAAAGUAACAUGACAUGGACAUGUUGUAAUGAAUAAAGAAACUUUAUUCAA